GUUGCUUAAAAAUGUCUGUUAAUACAGCACACGCCAGUAAUGGUGUCUUAAUUCAUGCUGGAGAAUACAUUUUGCUUCAUAGCGAUGGCGUUACUAUGGAUUUUUCCGGUCAGGACGACCAAGUAUUUAAGGGCUCCAAGCAAGGACGUAUUUACUUGACUUCACAUCGCCUAAUCUUCAACAAUAAAAAGCCGGCGGAUCAAUUACAAUCGUUUAGCGCACCCUUUAUUGCAUUGUCCGAUGUGGAAUUGGAGCAACCUGUCUUUGGCGCUAACUACAUCAAGGGCAAGGUACGCGCUCAGCCCAAUGGCAAUUUCAUUGGUGAAGUCAAGUUUAAACUGCACUUUAAAUCUGGUGGAGCUAUUGAAUACGGACAGGCUUUGCUGCGUGCAGCCAGCACAGCACAAAGCAAUUACCAUCGCGGUGGCGCUUACAACGAUGACCCACCACCGUACACACCAUCGGGUGCUUGGCAUGAAGCACCACCACCAGCCUACCAACCGCCACCGGGCUAUUACGGUUGGCUGCCGACACAUGAGGCGUUUAGUGGUCCGGCACCAAAUACGGUGUUCAUAAGCGAUAAUCCACCACCAUAUCCUGGCAUUGGUGGGCCACCUGUUUACGCUCCGCAGCAGUAUCCGCAACCCGGCUACAAUCCACAACAACCGCAGCCUGGUUAUAAUCCGCAGCAGCCACAAACCGGUUAUAAUCCACAACAGCCGCAAGGUGCCCCACAGCCUCAAUAUGGCAAUGCUGAUGCGCCCGCUUGGAAUGGCUUUUCAGCUCCACCAACUGAUCAGCCGCAACAUCAGCCGCCACCUGGUAUUCAACCUCCACCUUACGGCGCUGCAGGCUAUGGUCAACAAGGCGGUUAUCAGCCGGGCGCUCCCGGUGGCUACAAUCCAGGAUAUAACCCGGCCUACAACCCGGGCUAUCAGCAAGGCGGCUAUCCACCAGCAGGUGGCUACCCACCAACAGGCGGUUAUCCACCACCAGGUGGCGCACCGGGUGGAGCUGCAGCCGGCGCAAUGGGCUUCAGCAUGCCACCUGCAAAUUCGAAAGAAGCCGAGGCAAUGGCUAGCGCUCAAAACACACCUUACAACCAAUAUUCCAACAAUACAACUAGUGACUUGCCACCAGCCUACGAUGCUCUACCACCUACUUAUGAUAGCGCCAAUAAGAAGCAUCAAUAAACUUCAAAAUCUUGUACACAAAUUGGUAAACACAAAGUUAUUUAAAUGUCACAACUUGUAAAACAUGGAUGGAGAAGUGCUGUGGGUACUCAUAUUUGUUAUGACAUGCGGUUGAAGGGCUGACAUCAUUGCCCUGGUCUAUUUGCAUGUAUUAUUCAUUCCGCUUAACUUUGGCGUAACAUACAAUAUAUAUAUAUCUAUAAACCUUUAUAUUAUUCUAAAGCCAACCUUAUAUUAAUCCAACUAUAUAUAAAAACUAUACACCUGCAUACAAUGCAAUAAUUUAUACCAAAUACACAUAAAAUGGGCUAAAUUAGUAUAUUUAGUGAAAUAUAAUAUUUGUUAUUGACUUGUUAUUCUCUAUUUCAACAAAGGCGUUGUUUCAACAAACUGAAAACGCACUUUCAAAAAGCAUUGUUAAAUAUUACAAAUUUAUAAAUAGUCGUUUGAUUUCGGAAAUCUUCAAAUUUAUUUUAUGAAAUAUUCAUUCAGCAUUUUCUUGUGAGCUAUCCAGUAUAAAUAUUGUAAAAUAGUUUUGUGAAUUCAACCUUUUUGCAAUUUUAGAUCUUUUUACUGUUGUAUUUGUUUUGUUUUUAUUAAAAUUAUAUGUAAAUAAAACUAAGCGAAAAAAAGA